AUGACAAAUUCAGAUUUUCAUGAUGUUAGGAGCAUUGGACCAAAGUACACUUGGUGUAACAACAAAGAAGGAACUUCUCAAAUUUGGGAAAGGUUGGAUAGAUGUUUGGUGAACUCGAUUGCUCUUCAGAGAAUCCCAGCAGCUAUGACUAGGCAUUUAGAAAGAGUGGCAUCGGAUCAUAGUCCAAUUGCCAUUAAAUUGGAUGAGAAGAUUCAAGUCAAGAGGAAUAGUAUCAAAUUUGAAGAUACUUGGAGGUCUUAUCCGGCGGCUAGAAGCAUUGUGUAUCAUUCUUGGAAGAAGAAUGAUUUUGGUGAUCAUAGUGAAAUCCUUCAAAGGAAGAAUUGUAGAACAAUGAAGGCAUUGUUCUUUUGGAGCAAAAAUAAGUGUAAAAAUCUGAAGACUCUCAAGGAAGAUUUGAAGAAGGAUAUUAUUGAACUCCAAAACAAAGAGGCUGAUGGAGUUGGCUGGACUAAUGAGGACCUCAUUUUGCUUAGAAGUAAAGUGCACGAGCUUAAUGUAACUUUGAACCGGUUAGCUACAUGGUGGAAUCAAAGGGCAAAGGCUAGAUGGCAUGAAGAAGGUGACAACAAUUCAAAGAUGUUCCAUAAAUUUGCAUAG